AUGAUUGGAACGCUCACGUCUCUUCUAGUCAUAGCUUUGGCGGUGCCGACAUACGAGCAAAGCACCCCCCACUCACCAUGUCCCAACGUGUUCAUGUACGAGCCGUCCGGGACCGAGCCGGGCCGGUGGUACGGAGUCGUCAACCUGUCCACGGACAGCACCCUGCACUCGUUGUGGCUCAACAUCGUGCUGGACAGCAAGGCUGAUAUACUUGGUAAUUGGGUGGGAGACGUUACAACGACUGACAACAUAGACUUCAAGGUCGAGAAUACAAAGAUGAAAAUCCACCCAGGCCCCGCCGUAGCGGUGCGCUUUUUCGUCCAAUACAAUCAAUUGAAGACGCCAAUCCCUCGUCUCCAAGCAAUAAGACUUAACGGGCGAGAGAUUUGCAACGCAAACAACCCUCAACCAGCAGCCGAUAGACCAGAUACAAGCUCGUCCAGACCUAUAUCGAGGCCGGACUCGACGCUGAAUCGACCGCAAACUGGCAGACCGGAGUCCAGCCAGGAAACAAUAAGACCGGUUGCCACAAGACCAGUCGAGAGUAGACCACAAAGGCCGUCAAUCAGACCUGAGGACACGCCAAUAACAAGACCUGUGCACGGAACCCCGUCCAACGCUGGGCCUGUGUACAUUCCAACGUCAAAUCCACCUAUAGAUCAGAUCAAUGUCAACCCGUAUGGAAUUGAUAGCCGGCCACAGUCUAGCAACAGGCCAAACAAUGGAUACGGCCUGACCACAUCAUCGUACGGUACCACCACGGACAGUGAUAGCAGCGAAAUUGAUGAUUUCGAUUCCGUAAGUAAACCAGAUCCCAGCGUGUAUUUCACUGGAGGUCUACAGACCAUUAUAGUGCCGGACGAGAAUGGUUCCAAAAACAACAACAACUACAAUAGCAACAGCAACAACAACAACCGUAAACCAAGGAGUCAAUGUGGAAAGGUGACAAUAAACAAGCCCAACCCUCUAAUUGUGAACGGGAAGCCGACUUUGGAGGGACAGUGGCCUUGGCAAAUAGCACUUUAUCAAACUCAGACGGUGGACAGCAAGUACAUCUGCGGGGGACGCUGGUGA